CAAAAGCGACAGACUAAGACAACUGAAGAACACGACAUCUCUCUCUCUCCUCUUUCUCUCUCUAAAAAUUCAAUCUUUUUUCAUUCACCUGGCUCGUCUUUUCAUUCACAUUUCAGGACCCUUUUCGAUCUUCUUCACUCUACACCAUUCAAAAUCCAAACUUGAUUUCAUCUGGGUUUUCUUGAUUUUCGCAAAUUCAAACCCUAAUUUUCAAGAUUUCAUCUGGGUUUUCUUGAUUUUUGCGAAAUCAAGCCCUAAUUUUCAAGAUUUGAACUGGGUUUUUGCAAAUUCAAACCCUAAUUUUCAAGAUUUCAUCUGGGAUUUCUUGAUUUUUGCGAAAUCAAGCCCUAAUUUUCAAGAUUUGAACUGGGUUUUUGUUGAAAUGUAUUCUGGGAUUCAUACGAUUUCGUUGGAUGGAAGUAAUUUAGGGCAUGGUGAGUUUCCGGGUCAGUUGGAUGGAACCGGGUUCGUUGGGGAUCCGUGUUUGGUGUUGACUACGGAUCCGAAGCCCCGGCUCCGGUGGACUUCGGAGCUCCAUGAGAGAUUUGUGGAUGCGGUUACUCAGCUUGGUGGACCUGACAAAGCAACGCCAAAGACGAUUAUGAGGACAAUGGGGGUGAAAGGGCUCACACUUUAUCAUUUGAAGUCACAUCUUCAGAAAUAUCGGUUGGGGAAGCAAUCUUGCAAAGAGUUAACGGAGAAUUCCAAAGAUGCAUCUUGCAUUGCUGAGAGCCAAGACACAGGUUCAUCGACGACAUCAUCAACAAGAAUGAUGCCACAAGAUUCAAACGAUGGCUUCCAAGUUACCGAAGCUUUGCGAGCGCAGAUGGAAAUCCAAAGAAGACUGCAUGAGCAGUUAGAGGUUCAACGUCGUCUCCAGCUUCGAAUCGAAGCACAAAGCAAAUACCUUCAAUCAAUCUUGGAAAAAGCAUGUAAAGCUCUAAACGAUCAAGCCGUCGCAACCGCAGGGUUAGACGCAGCUAGGGAAGAGCUUUCCGAACUCGCUAUCAAGGUAGCCAACGACUGCCCGCCAUCUGGCAUCCCCAUCCCAUCACUUCCUGACGUCGCAGCUUAUCUCGAAAACGGGUUCGCACCCAGCGUCGACAGUUGUUUAACAUCAAACAAUAGCCCGGUGAAUUCACCCGCGGGCCUGAGCCCACAAGCGGCUGUUCUUAAGAAGAGACAACGGGACGUGUUUAGCAACCCUGCGGGCCAGGCGAGCCGAAUGGAUGAUGUUUGGAUUUCUUGAUGCGAAAUUGUAUCGCGGAAAUGUCAUUUUUAUUCCUUUUUUUUUUUUUAAUUUAUUGUUAAUCUGUGAUCAACUGAUCAUUCUCAACCAACUGUAACCUUUUAGUGUUGUGAAAUGUGAAUUGCAAAACAACAAACAGAUUAUCUUUAAUCAAUUUGUGUUGUUAAAUUGUUA